UUUGGGUUGAUAUAUGUACGUUUUAGAAAACUAGUAGUGUUCUUCUCGUCCCCUAAUGUGCCUCAAUGCGAUCAGGUACAUAAUGCCCUGAGAACACUUAAGGAAGAUACAAUGAAUUCAGAAAUUUUGUUCGUCCAUGUGGAUGCGGAAGCCGUUUCUGAGGUUUCAAAACAAUUGAAAAUGAAUUCUGUUCCCACAGUUUUAUUCUUUCAGUCAGGUAAGGAAAUCAAUCGCGUUCAUGGUGCAUCUAUUCCUGAUGUUACAAAAUCUGUCAUGAAUUUGCAAUCAGCACCCGAUAAUGGUUCAUUCAAUGAUCUUUCAUCACGUCUUCACUCUUUAAUUAAUAAGGCACCUGUCAUGCUUUUUAUGAAGGGUAGCCCCGAAGAACCACGAUGUGGAUUUAGCCGCCAGAUCGUCAGUAUUUUGCGUUCGAAUAAUGCUAAGUUUGAAACAUUUGACAUCUUACAAGAUGAAGUGGUUCGACAAGGUUUGAAGUCCUAUUCCAAUUGGCCAACUUACCCACAAUUAUACGUGAAGGGCGAGUUAGUGGGUGGCGUGGAUAUCGUACGAGAGUUAGCCGAUUCUGGAGAGUUAGCACAAAUGUUGAUAGUUCCGUGAAUGUGGCAAAUAAAACACCUCCUUUCUUCCAAGCCUCUGCCAUUUAUUGUAUUUUGAAAUGUAAUAUAACCUUAUUAAAUUGAAGUCUUCAUUUUUUGAAUUUGUGGGUAGUAUCGGCUUUUGAUUUUGUUUACCAUUAAUUGUAUACAUAAAAUAUUUAGAUAUGUAAGCGUGCUUACUGCGUUAACCAAUAACAAUCGACACAACCCAUGUGUUUGAUCCACUGACAUAAAAAUUUUGUUAUCUAUCAAAGAUAAUUUUUUGUGUGAAACUGUACUCAACGUUUAUGAAAACAAUAAAUUGGAGGUAAGUUUUCUACUCUGUUACUCAAAGUUAAGUCUUCACAUAACAAAUUGCCAAAGGUUGAUUUGCUAUUACUUAUGUAAUUAUGUUAGUAAAACUCACACUGAGUGAAUCCACGUAAUCUCAGCGUUUUGCCAAGCAAUCUUGUGUCCUGUCUGCAAAAUGUACUGACAUCGUUGACCUAUUUUCUAAUCAAAA